GUUUCGAAACCGGAAACGGCGACUCUGUGACGCAACUUCUGGCGAGGGCUAGGUGUUGUAUAAUUUUUUGAAUUAUAUUUCUAAAUAUAUAACAACUGUUAAGUGAUGUAUAUGUUAUAAUAAUAGCACAUUUGUAAUUUUAUCGAAUAAAUAAACCACUUUGAAACGAAUUAAAGUGAACGUGAAUGAUAAAAGUGUUUGUUGGUUGGUGGAAUUUUCGAGCAGUAAUAUAACUUCCAGGAGAUGUCUCUAAGUUCAGUGCAGUCCACUUUGUCCACUUUGAAGUCAUGCCAAACAGAUGUUGGAGGAUGUAUGGACAUGGUUUCAGACGUUGCGCUGGGAAUAGUGGAAGCACAAGGUACAGUAGACAGUCCGGCUCUGAAGAAACUGGAGGAGAUGAUGCUGGAGUGUUCCAGACUGGACAUAGAAAUCAAUUGUUUUGUGGAGUCUGUUGAUGAGAUGACUGCUCAGGUCCGACAUAAACCUCCUGAUGCCAUGGUUAAACUGAAAGACUCUGUAAGGAAUCGUUACAAUGAGCUGAUGGCAGGUGUUUCAGAUGUUGACCUGCAAAGGCACAGUAAGGUGGUGGCCUUCAAAGACAGUGUCAGGAAAUUUUACAUGCAAGCUAGUCAGACACCAACUGAAAACGCAGAAGAUCUAGAUGAGGACAUUGCUGUAACACAGAGCGAGACAAAUUUUAUCUGCCCUCUCACCCAGGUUGAGAUGGUCAAUCCAGUGCGAAACAAGAAAUGCCAGCAUUAUUAUGACCAAGAGGCUGUACUUGAAAUGAUACAGAGAAGGCACAGAAAUAAGAAGAACUUUCGCUGUCCAAAGGUUGGCUGUGGAAACACAGAUGUUCAGCAGUCUGAUCUGGAGUUGGAUCUGGUUAUGAGGCGAAUGAUCCAGAACCAAAAGAGACAGAGUGGAAAAACCAAAAUUUGACUAAAUCAGUCUUGAAGACAACAGUUGUUCUAAUUUGAAAUGUGAAAAUAGUUUAAGGAAAUUUGAAAUCUAAAACUGAAGGCUUUUGUUACGCAAAUAAUAUACAAUUACAUUGUAAGUAAUUUGGUUCAGUUUGUUUAAUACAAUACAAAGGCAGUAUGCAUGUUAGUGUGACUUUUUUUUAAUAAAUGUUUGUACCUUUCUAAAUAUGUUAAUUGUUAACCCAUUCUUUACCUUUGUCUUCCUCUUAGUAUUAGUAAAACAUUGUUUUCCUCUCUAGCAACGAUAAUGAUAAUAACGAAACCUUGUAAUAUAAAAGGCAAACCUGAUCUUUUUCAAAACUCAAUUUAAAAUCAAAUGUUUAUUCAACAUAAUUCCACUAUGAAAUAACCCAUUAUAAUCAGGCCGAAAGUCUGUUUUUUAGUACCUCACCAUGUCACUAAGACAUGAAAUCAGGACAUGUACAACUCUUCUGGGCAAUAAAGCCAGCUUCAAAUGUACAGGUUUAUUACAGUAUCUGCUCCAAUCCUUUGCCCCAAAAUCCCACUAAUGUACAACAAAUUAAAAUCAUACAAACUUUGGAAAUUCUUCCACAUGAAAAAAUUCAGUGACAUUUGAUUUUAUGUUGAGAUGCUUACAAAGGACAGUCUGAUUGAUUCGUCCAGUCAUUGUGAAACCAGCAUCCAAAUUUGGCCCUUAGACAAAUACAGUACAAGGACCUCUUUGUCAAAACUCUCAGACGGUUCUGCAUGACUAGUUAAAAUGAGACAAAGACUUCAACUCCACUUAACAUCCGACUGCUUAAACCCAGAGCUUCCAUGCAUUUGAUUUUCAUAUUUUUGACAUUGACAGCAUUUUGUGCAGUGCAUUUUUGAAGGUUCAAUUGUCAACUUUGUAUGAUAAACAUCUAGUAAAAAAUGUAACACUAGUACUGCCCCAACACAUUUAUAUAGAUGGAAACAAGAGUUUCAAAUACAUCAAACUGGCAAAAGCAAAAUAAUGAACAAGUGUUUCAGUUGUUCUUAGAUAUACAUCCUCUGUAAAUUGUUUCAACAAAGGAGAAAAAAAAAACUGUAUUUGAAUGCAA